UCUAGUGGAACAGAAUAAGCAACUCCCAGACUCUGCUACGCAGUCAAACUGGCCCGAUGGCAUGCUGCAGCCAAUCCCAGCUCAGCAUCUGGAUGAAAUAAAGACCUUGCUGGGAGAGCAGUUUUUUGUGCAGUAUACUCAGAGGCAGCUUGAACAUGGAAAAAUCCCAUCUGCCCUUGUGACAAGUGAUGCCUGAGCUCUUCUGGGAACAAGUCUGGGCUUUAUCUGCCCAAAAUCGGCAAUGUGGUACAGGAAAGGGCAGAUGGGAUAGAUGGAGGCUGCUGGAGGCUGCUGAGCCAGCCAGAGUGGUGGGGCCUGUCAACAUGGCAGGUGCAUAGCGUAAUGUCCAUGCUGUACUACACUCUGAUUAUAGCUUUUUUGAUCGGCAUACAGGCAGCUCCAAAGUCAGAAGACAAUGCUCCACUGGAGUAUCCUGCAGAACACUCCCUGUUCUAUACUCACCUGAGUAACAGACACCACAUUCCCAAGGCAGCUCCACAGACAUCCCACAGCCACUCUACUUGGACGACAGGUAGAGGAGAAGCUAUCAAUAUCACCAUGGAUCCAAAUUUUUUUAAGAGGCGCUUCCGGUCUCCUCGGGUGCUGUUCAGCACACAGCCCCCCCCAGUGUCAGGGCGAGGACAGAAUAUGGGAUUUCUCAGCAGUGCAGAUUCUCUCAACAGGACUGCCAGGACCAAGAGGACUGCCCAUCCCGUAUUACACCGGGGAGAGUUCUCAGUGUGUGACAGCAUCAGCAUGUGGGUUGGGGACAAAACCACAGCCACUGACAUUAAAGGCAAAGAGGUGACAGUGUUGGGAGAGGUCAACAUUAACAACAAUAUUUUUAAGCAGUACUUUUUUGAGACAAAGUGCAGGGACCCUAAGCCAGUCUCCAGUGGGUGCCGAGGGAUCGAUGCAAAGCACUGGAACUCUUACUGCACCACAACUCACACCUUUGUCAAAGCGCUGACAAUGGAGGGCAAACAAGCAGCCUGGCGAUUUAUUCGAAUUGACACAGCCUGUGUGUGUGUGCUCAACAGGAAGUCAGGGAGACCCUGAGAUGGAUCUAAACCCCAUGACAACACCUUCCUACCCCCCUACCUCAGUAUGUAAAUUAUUUUAAGUUAUAAAGGAGUGCAUGGUAUAUUUAUAGUUUAUACAGUACAGAAAGAACCUCAUUAUUUAUUAAACUCUUUUGGAAACCU